AUGGCGCUUUCCCUCUCAAAUUUUCUUGUCUCAAGUAUUAUACUCUUGACAGCAUUUGUCGCAGCAGAGACACAUACCUACGACUUUUCCAUCGGUUGGGUCAUCAGAAAUCCUGAUGGCCAGAAAGAUCGACCCGUCAUUGGCAUCAACGGCGAAUGGCCAAUUCCCAAGAUUGAUGUGACCAUCGGUGACCGCCUGAUAGUAAACGUGAAGAACGACCUUGGAAACGAAUCGACUUCGCUCCAUUGGCAUGGAUUAUAUCAGAAUGGUACAAAUCACAUGGACGGCGUCGCACAAGGCACGCAGUGUCAGAUUGCACCCGGUGCUUCUUUCACCUACAGCUUCACGGUCGAUCAACCGGGAACUUAUUGGUACCACUCGCAUGUUGGUGGUCAGUAUCCAGAUGGACUCCGAGGGCCCCUGAUUGUCCACGACCCGGAAAACCCUUACGCAGACCUCAUUGACGAGGAAUUGAUCGUGACCCUGUCCGAUUGGUAUCAUGAGCAGAUGCCACCUCUGAUCGCCAAGUUUUUGAGUGUUUCUAAUCCAACUGGUGCGGAGCCAGUUCCUCAAUCUGCGCUUAUGAAUGAUACCCAAGGCCUUCAAAUUCCAGUCGAGCCUAACAAGACAUAUUUCCUCCGCAUCGUUAACAUGGCUGCCUUUGCUGCACAGUACUUCUGGAUCGAUGGACAUACUUUCCGCAUCAUUGAAGUGGAUGGUGUGUACCAUGAACCCACUGAAGCCAGUCUGCUCUACAUCACAGCUGCACAACGCUAUGGUGUCCUGCUGACUACCAAGAAUGAGACCGACGCCAACUUCGCCAUCAUGGGUUCCAUGGAUCAGGAUCUGUUUGAUCAAAUCCCUGAUGGUCUCAAUCCAAAUGUAACGUCUUAUUUGGUCUACGAUGCAUCACUGCCAAUGCCCGAGCCGUCUGAAAUUGAAGAAUUUGACCCAUUCGACGAUAUGGAGCUUGUUCCUACGGAUGGCGAGGAGCUAUACACUGAUCCGUCUCUUAUUGUCCAACUAGAUGUGUUGAUGGAUAACUUGGGUGAUGGUGCCAAUUAUGCAUUCUUCAGUGGCAUCACUUACGUUGCCCCCAAAGUCCCCUCACUCUACACCGCACUCACAGCAGGCGAGUUCGCCACCAAUGCCAGCGUCUACGGUACCAACACCCACUCAUUCGUGCUGGAGCACAACAGUGUCGUCGAAAUCGUCUUGAACAACCAAGAUCCUGGUAAGCAUCCAUUCCAUCUGCACGGUCACGCCUUCCAGACCAUUCUCCGUGGUGAGGAAGAGUCCGGCGACUUUGAUCCCGAGUCCGUCACCAAUGGAUCUGUGGUGUAUCCAACCAAGCCCAUGCGACGAGACGUCAUUCUUGUCCGUCCCAACGGCCACCUCGUCAUGCGAUUCAGAGCCGACAAUCCUGGUGUCUGGCUCUUCCAUUGCCAUAUUGAGUGGCAUGUUGAUUCCGGGUUGAUUAUGCAAUUCGUCGAGGCCCCGCUCGUCCUGCAAGAAACCCUCACGAUUCCCGAAGACCACUUCGCCGCUUGCGCCGCCGUCUCCCCACCGGUACCCACCAUCGGCAACGCCGCCGCCAACACAAAGGACUACCUGGACCUGACGGGCCAGAACCUCCCGCACGCCCCGCUCCCCUCAGGUUUCACGGCGAGAGGUAUCGUCGCCCUGGUCUUCAGCAUUAUCGCCGGCCUGGUCGGCGUCGCCGUCAUUGCCUGGUACGGCAUGGGUGAGAUGAGCCAGCUCGAGAAGGAAAAGCAGGUCGACCAUGUCCAGCACGUUGCGGCUGAUCGCGGCGUCGUUAGUCGGACGAAUACAGCUGCUGAGGGGGAUGUCGCAGGCGGUGGAGAUGUUAUUAGCGAAGCCCGUGCAAAAUAA